UUUGUCGACUUGGCUUGCACCUGACUUGCGAAGUACAUACAUACACUUGCUUCUUAUUUACAAUUUGAUUUUGAUGAAAGACCGACACCAUCUUACAACUGGAAUAGUCUGUUUCUUGUGCGGUUUCUGUCAUCGUCACUUUCCACUGCCAGGCGCCGUCUCCUGGAAACACAUCCUCCUCCUAUCAGCCCUCGCGCGUCAGACCGUGACGUGACGUGACGUGACGCUCGUAGGACGCGACGCAGCGCGACUUGCCGCAAGCUGUUGCGGAGCCUGGCUCGAGCGGUUCAGCGGGCCCAGCAGCCAGGCGACUGAUGGGCGGGGACAGGCUGCUUGACAGUUGGUUCUGCUUCUGCCCUACCAAAAGGUCGCUUCGAAACAAGUCUGUGAAGUGGUGGAGAUGGAAGGGGUUCACCGGCUCUAACGAAGAUGAUCACAGGAUGUGAGUUUUGUCGCAAGUCGUGCCGCUGUGCAGCGAUUCGUGUUUUGUAAAUAUUGCGAGCUGGACUGUCAACGAAGCAGAACGGCGCCAGUGACCAAAAGUGACGGUUUACUAUAAACUACUCACGUGACUAGAGACUAACACUUGGUGACAGCACUCAAGUGCAUGGUCUGAACCCCUUCGUCGUCCUCGUCGUCAGCAUCAUCAGUGGGUGCCAGCGGUCCGAACCUGGGGCAGACCGACGCCAGCAUCUUGCUGCUGGAGGUGCCAUGAACGGGGAGGUGGUGCAGGAGGCGGAUGCCAAGACAGCGCAUGCUGUUCUCGGUCAGCAGGCCGCGGACGACAAGCAGACGACCGGAAACAGCGGCGGGAGGUCCUUGGGAAAGAGGCUGACCGACUUCUGGCACCGACAGCGACGGUACUCGGUGGUCCUCGGGGGGAUUUUUGUCUACUUGCCGAUCGGCGUGCCAUGGUACUAUGGCAACCUGGCUACCUACCUGGCGUCUUACUUCCGGCGUCAGCAGGGUGGGGGAGACGAGAUCGUGGACCCGCAGUGGGUUUUCUCCGCUUUCUUCGUGGCCUUCUCUGUGGCCAUCGUGCUGUCCGGCUACCUGUCCAACGCCAUCGGCACUCGGGUCACCAUUAUCAUCGCCAUGUUUAUUCACAGUGGCGCCACGUUUCUGAGUUACUUCGCCGUGCAGAUCUCCAUGGUCGCCCUCAUCAUCGUAUUCGGAGCAGUGGGAGGACUGGGGGCCGGACUAGCCUAUGGACCGCCCAAUGCCCACCGUCUCCAAGGUAAUAAAGCAGCGACAGAGACCUCGCUAGUGUCACUUCCUCUGUCGGCGAGUGUGUGUCGAUGGAUGCCCCGCAAUGUGGGGCUGGCCAGCGGCGUUCUGCUGACCGGCUUCGGAGGCGGCGCCGUCUUCUAUAACGAGCUUAUCACUUUCUACAUCAACCCCGACAACGUGCGCCCCGACGUCCACACUGCAAGAACAUCUUACUUUUCUCAAAGUUUUAUUUUGGACCGAGUACCUGAGUUAUUCCUGGUGCUGGGUGGCUUGACACUGGUCCUGCAAAUCAUCGGUGUCAUCCUUCUCCGGACCCUGGACCUGACGACGAGGUCGACAAAGCAGACGCCACUGAGCUCAAGCCCACGCUCGCUAACAAAACUUCUGCACCCACAGCAUCGCCCACUUCAAACGAUAGCUUCCCUCCAGCAUCUAACAAGGACUGCGAAAAACAAGAACCAGACACGAAGUCUGAGAAAUCUGUGCAUGAACCACUAUGCCUACAUCGUCAAGAACAACUAUUACAAGGAGUUUGGUGCCAGCCGCAUCGACAACGACCACCUGCUGACAUCAAUCGGCACUGUCUCCACCGUCUUCGUGGCCAUCAGCAGACUCUUCUGGGGCUCACUGACCGACGUACUGGGCAUCAAGCUGACUCUGAUGCUGCUGUUGUGCGGCACGACGGUGUUGUCGGCGUUCUGGUACUGGAGCCUGGAGGUGGGGCCCGCGCUCUACUUCGCUUGGAUCGUGGCCAUCACCUUCCACCUGGCCGGCCCCUUCAUCCUCUUCCCUCUCGCCGCUCUGCGCACCUUCGGACAGACGCACUACGCCUCCAACUACGGUCUCAUCUCCACGGUGCAGAUUGUCAUCAACUUGAUCUCACCGCCCAUCAUCCGGGUCCUGAUGGACAGCUAUAGCUGGUUUGGAGUUUUCUGCAGUAUAGCAGUGUGCAAUCUCUUAGGAACGGCCCUGGUCUUGUUGCUACCCUUGAUGUGAUGCCAACCUGGGCUGUUUUCCUCAUCAUCUCUGUGCAGAAAAUCAGUCAUCAGAGCCAGCUGUUUACUAUAUUUCACUCAACCAACCAGGCCUCUUCUCACUCCCUUCUUUAAAUAUGUGUAUGUAGGCUAACAAGCCUACUUUGUCUAGCACCAAGUCUGUCAGUGUACAUCUGCAUUCCAAUCGAUUUAAAAAUUGACAGUGAUAUUAUGGUAGACUGCUGGAUUUGUUAAUGUGUAUAUUGACAAAGCUUCUUUGUUGUGGUGUGUAGGCUGGCUUGAAGAAAUAGCCAGGUUCCCCCCCACCACCACCACAACUCACCUUUUGCCCCAUAUUUCUGUCCUUUUCCCCCACAAUGCGAAAUUGCUAACAGGUGGAAGAAGUCUCACUCAAAACAAGGGAUAUAUCAGUGACCUUUUCCCUAAUCUCUAUCCUCUCCUUAAUUUUUCAUACAUUUAUCCCUAUUGCCAUUUCUGCCUUACCUUCCUAUACAUGUACACAUAACCAAAUCCUUCCUUACUUUUUCAUUUACCCAUAUCCCCCUUCUCCUUCUUACCUAUUCAUACCUUUAUCCAUUUCUAUUCCCAAAUAAGUGGAAGUGCUUUAAAUCAAAACCAAAAGAAUGUAAAUAGCUAGGAUGAUUGGCAGAUAAAAAUGGAGGAUGGUUUGUGGCCUGGUUUUAAAUCACAAUCAAUAUGUGAACAGUUGGCAAAGGUAACACAGAAGAGGGACAAAUGGAAAUUAUACACAGACCCAAGUCCUGUUGACUGAAAGAUUUUCUUUGACACUGGGUUAUGGUGUCACAGUUCCUGCAAUUAUACACAGGGUCUGUAACAUCAUAUCCUAGUUUGACCCUAGUGUCUCGGUUUCCUAAAGUGGGAUUGAGUGUGUGCUGUGCUGUAUCUCUCGUGAUUGAUUUUGGUGUCGGUGAAGUAAGCUCCGCCUUUAGAACCGUUCUGGUUUUACAUGACGGAUACAUAAAAGCUUGACUAAACUUGGUCAAAGGUUUGUUUAUUGUAGUCCAGUUAUGAACAGCCUUGAAAUUAGGCAUUGAAUGCUGCUUGGCAGCCCUCAGCAUUGCAUCUGAACUUGUUUCCUUCCCAAACUGUUCUUCCUUCAGCACGAGAUACUUUUGUCUCAGACUGGCCAGUAGUACAUACUACUUGCCGUCAACAUCUCCAGUUGCCCAAAUGGAAGCGAAAUAUGCCCUAGUCAAGUGUUGGAUGCUAAAGGGAGGCUACUUGGUAUCAGACGCGAUUUAUUUUUCCCAGCUGGAUUAUUUCCCUUCAACGACAUAAGACCUUGUGAAGACCUGAAUGCUGUACAUUUCUGAACAGGCAAUGCACAUCAUUUCCGGAUAUGCUGUCUGUUGCCUUCUAGUAAACAUGGUUUACUGAUGCAAUGUGCAUGUUCUACAUUUUGUUAUUAUUCAACAUACUGCCACUAAACCAGGAUAUGAGAACCUGACACAAGAAAGUAGAUAAAACAUAUAUAUGUACCAAUGCUUGAGUCAGUUUAAGGUGCAAUUGAGUGAUGUUUGUUAUACUGCUCCCUUUAUAGCAGCUUACUUAAGAGUUUUAAGUCUGUUUUCCAUAAAGGUCAUGAAAUUCUAUGGACAAUUUGACUCUAAAAUAUUGGAAAGUGUUUGAAUUUGAAAAGGCCAUCACAGCCUCCUAAUAUCCAUAUGUACAUUUUCUCCAAAAUGAAAAAUGAACUGUAAUAAUCUGCGCCAUAAAAAGUGAAAGCUUUAUUAAAAUGUCAACUGUGA